AUGGUAUCGAGGACACAAGGGCCAUCCUUUUUUGGACUGCCCCCUCCAGCACUGAAGCCUAGAGAACCUACAAUUGCUACGGCGCAACCGUCUGAUGGGCAGCAUGGCACGGCGAUUCUUCUGAGGCGGCGAGAAAAGACACAUUCAGUCAAUUCCAGUCCCUUCGAUGACUCAACAGACGGCUCUGGUAAUGUCUUCGACAACUCAUCAGACACCACUUGUGGCUCUUCCGACGACUCCUCAGAAGGCCUUUGGGAUGACUUCGACGACUCUCCAGCAGCCGCUUCUAGUGACCCCAGCAACUCAAUAGAGCCGUCUGCAGUCCCUCCUAGCGACUUCCACAACACAAUCGCGCAAGAAGAUGAGAAUACGUGGGCCGAAUGGCACGACCAGCAUCUCCCACAAGCUUUCUCCGGCCUCAUUCCGCCACGAAAAAGCGAUAUUCAGGUCCGCGGAGUUCUUCUGCAAGCACCACUGCACGACCGGGAUCUCAACCAUACCUUCGAAAGACGUCAGUAUGCGUGGGUUCAGCUAAAUGAAGACUCAGGAGAACAGGUCGUUUACAUCCACGAUAUCUUCCAGCAUGAGAACCAAUCCGAAGUCAACCAUUAUUUGCUCGCCACGCUAUAUUCAUCCUUCAGCUCGAUCUUUCCGUUUGGCAACGUCCCGACUAAUGGACGUGCAGCAGAGCGUGAAAACGAACUGAUUCUGCACUUCGGUGAUUUCGCAAAGAUGAGGACGCCUGAAGAUGCGACUCUAAUCUUGCUUGCCGAAAUCUCUGCAGCACGAUAUCUUGACGCCAGUACGACCACAGUCUCUCACGUGUUCCAACACCUUCCAGGCGACCAUGAGGAUCUCUUUUGCCGUUUUGCCAUCCGCGACUCCGCAGCUGAAAGUACCGCAUCCCUUACACCUCUGGCUGCGCAUCUGGUAGAAACUCGAGAGGAGCUAUGGAGCAGGCCCAAGCCUUGCAGCCUGGGCACGCCUCUGGUAUUCGACCUGAGCCCAGAGGUACUGGGGGUUUCCGAAGGGUUUUCUCAGGCUGGCUUCACCAUUCAAGCAGCGUUUGGCAUUGACGAAACCCAGCCCAGCACGUGGAAGGUCCGACACAACUCCGCUCAAACAUUUGAUGGAGCCAUCCUAGGUACUUUCGAUGACCUCAACACAAGGAAGCUUUUGCCUAUACAACUACCAGAUCCGGUGCCCCCUCGGAUUGUACUUUUUGCUGGUAGACACACAAAUUUCAGGAUCAACGAGCUGAACGAGCAGAUGCCGUCGUUGGAUCAAUUCCUGCGCGACCUCCAAGUCGUCGACAAAGCCGCUGCAGAAGAAGGUCCCAAUUUUCUCGUCAUGUUCAUGUCUCCCGCCCUCCUCCAUCCGUCUGCGAGCUCGAGGUUUUCCGAAACCGUUCUCGGACUUCUGAAGAUGAGGUACUCCGUGCACAUGAAGAUUGUUCAGGUGCAACAAUACGGCUUGCCGCAACAACGAAGCAUAUUGAUUAUUGUGGCAUCGUCCAUUUGUGCGCCGCUACCUUGGAAGGAUGAGAGAUACACUGUGCAGCCCAGAAAUGCCGUUGGCCUUGGCGAAUUACUCGCAGACUUGAAUUUCGAGAACAGUCGAAUGGCCGACAAGGAGUGCUCCGGAUUUGUGUGCUCGCCUCCCCAGGAUCAUGACAGGGCAAGAAAUUCUAGCCUCGUUCACGUCUACAAUCAUUACACCGGAAUCAGCGUUGCUGAUGGCCUUGGGCGAAUCGAUAUGGAGGCAAGCACUACCUUGAGACUGGCUGAAGGACCGAAACCGUGGAAGCACCCAGAUAGGCCUGACAGACUCACCGUUCGCGAACUCGCUCGCGUGCAGGGCAUUCCUGACGACUUCAAAUUCUGGGGCACGAUAGAAUCAGAAUACGAGGCUGUAUGCAAGGCGAUACCUCCUGUCAUCGCGAGGAUGGUGGCAGACACCAUCCGCCAGGCCAUCCGGAAUACCUUGACAGUCACGGUAGACCCCCGUAGAAGGAACAAGAGAGCGAGAGUGGCUGUUGCCGAAGAACAUUGCUGA